AUGUCCCAGGUCACAGAGCUGGCCCUCCAGAAGUUCACACGUGCUAUCGUCCAGAGCAUCGCGAAUGCGUGCUCCUAUGUCUACUUCCUCUACCUGCUCGUCGAUUUCCUCCUGUACUUGAAUUUCCUUCUGCUCUUCCUCUACCCGGUCCUCUUCGAUUCGUGCCUCGACGUGUGCGCGGGCCGCCCCCAGAGCUGCUCCGUCAGGAGAAGUACGACCAGCUCUUCGACCGAAUAUUCGUCACAGCGGUCGUGGCGUACGCAUUGGUCCUCGCGUUCACUGCGGGGUUCGGCGCUUACCAGCUGGUGGUGGUCUCCCGAAGGUUCGACACGUAUCCGAGCAUGCGUGCCAUUCCACGUGAUCUCACAGAUGGACGUAAGAUCACAUAUUGGGCGUCGGGGUACCUCGAUUGCAUUUGGUUAUCUGUAA